AUGAGAGCCACCGCUCUCUUCCUCUCUCCGCCGCCGCUCUUCACCUCCCACAAGCCUCUCUCCUCACCCACCACCGCCCCUCUCCUCCUCCACUCUUCCCUCCCCCUCCCUCUCCGCUCCCUCAAACCCAACCCCACCCUCAGCCGCCCGUCCUUCCUCGUCCGCGCCGACGACGCCGACGCCGACGGAGGCGGCCCCGACGACUACGACAUGGACGACGACGAGCUCGAGGAGGUCGACAACAAGAAGGACUUCGACAUCGAAUACGACCCCCUCGCCGCCGCGGCUGCCGCCGUCGCCGCCGCCAACGGCGAUGUCGACAUCGCCAUGGUGCAGAGCAAGAGCUUCGUCCAUACGCAGGGAUGGGACUCCGAGAUGGUGGUGGAUUAUCGGAUCAACGAGGACGAGUUUCACAAGAUAAGCUUGCUCGAUUGUGAUUUCUUUAUCAGGAAACCGCCGGACCCCGAUAACGACGUCUUCGAUUUCCGAGAGAUGUAUGUUACUCCUCCGGAUACAGAUGUUUAUGCCAUUCCUAAGGUUUUAGCUCCAAUGCCUGACAAGUACAUUCGAUGUGCCAAGAGUGAAUAUGCAUCCUACAAUGUGACUGAACCGCCGAUUGAUGCUCCUAGAGAUCCAUUGUACAAGACCGAGAGGGACAUUCUGAAGGUUUAUUUGACAAAGCACUACAGAAACCGGCGCUUGGGAGACCCUGAUUUUGUACUGGAUUUUGAAGAGAUUUAUGUAAUUGAUUCCAAGACAAAGUCUAUUAGCAGAGCGAAAGUUCUGGUCACUGUUCCAGGGGGAAAAACAAGAGAUAGAAGACAUGAUCUGCUUGUAAUACGUGACAAUGGCAACACCUUCAGAAUAGUUCAUGGGAGUGAAAAAGAUGAUCCCACCACAGUGAUAGAGAGGGAAGAGUGGAAUAAGACCAGAAAGGACAUGGAGAGACAUCUUAGCAAGCUACGAGAUUUCCCGGUUUCAAAUUGGUUCUAG